UUUUUAGUUUUAGUUUAGUAGUCGCGGAGGUGUCCAGGUUGAUUGGACGAGCUUGAUUACGAGUCGUGCUUCGGAGUACGUGGGUUAGAUUUUUCUCUUGUCUGCUGCCAUCCUCAUCUCUGGUGGUGGGUUGAUGGAGAUGAAUUUUGCGUAGUGCGAAUUGAAAGAGUGGAAUUCUUGCUUCUAGUUUCGGUACGGUGAAUUUGGAUUGUGAAAUUCCGGUGGGCUUCUGCUGUUUCCGGUCCAUGGUUGGUGGUUCGUUGGGCAAAGGGUGACCUUUUGGAACCGGAUCGAGCCAUUUUUCAGGUUUUAUCCCUCUGGUUUUACGGGUGUCAUAAGGUGUGUGAAGGUCUUACGAGAAAGAGAGUGUCUGGCUGAACAAUUCAAGUCGGCAGGUCGGGUGUCCAUUUAUUGCCGUGGCAGAAAGCAGGGCAAUAGUUCGAGCUCUUGGAGGCGGAUAAGAGAAAAUUUAUGAGCCAAGUUUUUCCUGUCCAGUAGUGGCCGUUGUGCAAGUAGUGCGGUUUGAAAUAAUGGCGAGUGUUCGUGGUGCUGGUGGUGUGCUGAAAUGUGCACUUUUCCUGCUGAUCUUGCUAGCCGAUUGCCGUGUGAACUAUGCGGAAGAUAAUGUUUCGAACGUACGACUGAGGCGGCAGUCCGAUUCGGAACCGCUGAAGAAAACAGGCACGGAGUCCGAUCCCACCGGCAGUGGCAACCCGGUGAAACCUUUGCCUGGAAAAUUUCCCCUGGACGAGAGCAAAAACAGUGCAGCGAAGCUUAAGUUACAGCAGGAAAAUCUGACCGGCAAGAAAACGCUGGCAGCAUUAUCGAACGGUACCGUUUAUACGGAGCAUUUGUUAGGGGUCAAUGGGACCGGUCAGCGCAAGGACUAUCCGAUAGUGUCAAUGAAGCCCGGAGCGGAACCGACAACGGUUCCGACGCCCGGUGGCAGUGAUGUCAACAGUAGUGCAAUCAAUGUGUCCAUCGAAACGGGCAAGGGUAGUGGGCAAGCGAAGUUGGGUACUAAAUUGGGUGUUGUGGAAAGUGGAGGCAAUGUCACGACCUCUACCACCACCAUAGAUCCUCUCAGUGAAGCUAUCAACAUCGAUACAGUGGAACGAAGUGAGGCGGACUUCAACAAUACGCUGCAGAACCAUAACAUCACCAAAACGCAGGAGGAUUACCAUACCUACUACAAUUCGUUCUGGACCACGGACAAAGCAGCAAGUGACGCGUACUGGAUCCAGCUGGAAAAAAUGAACGUCAGCAGUUUGCUGUCCAAUUCCCAUCGGAGAGCUACGACCGUAUUGCUGUCAUUUGACUUCCCGUACUAUGGUUACCCAAUCCGGAACAUCACGAUUGCCACCGGAGGAUUUUUGUACACCGGCGAUUACGUCCAUUCGUGGUUGGCAUCGACGCAGUACAUCGCACCUUUGAUGGCCAACUUCGACACCAGUUUAUCUGCGAACUCGUACGUUAAAUUCCGGGACGAUGGUGAAACAUUUACGGUGGUCUGGGAGAACGUGUCGCUGCAAGACCGGCCCGAGAAUGGUUCGUUUACCUUCAGUGCCACGCUGAAAAAAUCGGGCGAUAUUGUGUUUGCCUACCGGAACAUUCCCAUCGAUAUCACGCGGAUCUACGACGAUAAACAUCCGGUCAAGGUGGGACUGUCGGAUGCUUACAUCAUCGAUAAAACAAUUUUCAGAACCAAACAGAAAACAAUCUACGAAUACCAUCGGAUAAACUUCGGUCGGGCCAAGGUACAGAACAACACCCUGAUCACGCUGUCUGCGCUGCCGACCUGUUUCAGCUUCAAAGAUUGCCAGUCUUGUAUCAGCCGAGAUGGUGCUGAUUUUAAGUGCAUUUGGUGUCCUACGCUGAAUCGAUGCUCCACCGGUAUCGACCGUAAACGGCAAGAAUGGAUUCAGAAAGAUUGCGACAAGAGCCAAAUCAUGGAAAUUGGCUACUGUCCGGCGUUGGGCCAGAAGGGCAACAACUACGGCGAACCGGUAGAGAUUAGCACCGAGGGGAACGAUACCAACGGCACCUAUCGGCACGAGGCUGAGAUCUAUCCCUCCUCCAAGAACUACAACCAGAACGGCCAAUUGCCAGCAGGCAACGGGAAGGCGAUACCACAGGAUGAUAGCGUGAACAAAGUUCACGCCUUCCACACAGCCAUGGACCAGGAAACGUCCGGCAGUAGUUUGCUGGUGUCCAUGAUGGUCAUCUGCGGCAUUCUGCUCGGGUGCGGGUGCUGGGUACUGUACGCGUACCGAAAUCCUCACACCAAGAGCGGGCAGCUGCUGAUUAGAUACCGGCCCAACAAAUGGUCGUGGCGACGAGGCGAGGCUCGCUACACGGCCGCCACGAUCCACAUGUGAGAACAGUACGAUCGCGACGAAGGCCACCGCCGGGAUCGCCUGCGUAGCAAAACCCUCCGCCAGCAGUCGGCGGCCCAUCGAGAUGGCGGCAGCCAGGAUUAUCGCAGCUACUAUCAGCACCACCACCGACCGAUGCUACACUUCGUGGGGAAUGAGGAGGAGAGGUUGCUGAGCUAUCUGUACCAUCCGGAUGAGGCCGACCGAACCGGGGGAGAUGGAGGCGAGUACGACCGCGAGGUGGCCGACUAUACUUUUACAACGGAACUGGGUGACUGAGAGACUGCGUUUUUGUUUUUCUCGAAUGAAUAGUCGAUACUUUAUUGCCCGAUUUUCUAAUCAACGAGUUUUUUUGGUCCCACUAAAAUGGGCUUAGCGUAAGUACGAUUGAGAUUUUUUUUAUGAACGUGACUGCCGAUUGUGAGUGUGAGAAAGCCUUCUUGUUAUGUUGAGCAAUUUCUUCGAAAUUCUAUAUGCAUUCAAAAUCAAGAAUACUUAAUCUGUUGGAAAUCAUAGUUUAUCGAUCCCUUAUGAGGGAUCAGCAAGUCCACUAGGGGAAUUUUGAGCAGCUUGUAAAACUAUUACGAUAAAAGAAAUAAGAAACCUAUAUUCAAGCAUCACUGAAAACGCAAUUACUAUUCUGUUAUUUUAUUUGUUUUUUUUUUUCUUAAUUGAGUCUAUCCCCGAAUCAUCGUAGUGAUAUUUACACCUAUAAAUUUAGCUAAAAGAAAAUUCUGUCCAGUUAUAUUAUAACUUUAAGCUAGCAAUGUUAGUGAGUUUCGUUCCCUUCCUUCCCUAUGCUCGGUUCCUUUCCAGUCUGAGACUUUCCGUUUUAAUUUUCUAUACGUACGUUGCCCCACUAAAGUCUGCUAAAAAUUGUUUGUCGCUUUGAAAAAAGGAGAACAGAAUUAGCGCGAAAUAAUAUGUGAUAUCAAAUACAAGAACAUUCAAGGCCUCAAGUUAGCAGCUACAUAUCGAUCGAUUUAGGCUGGUGUUUUUUUUUCAAAAGUUUUACAAUGAGCGACGGAACAGAUAUUUAUUUGAAGAAAAAAAAAAUUGAAGACACACACGAAAAAAAAUCAUUCAUUGAUAAAAUUUUACAGGAGAACUCACCCAUCCCACUUUUCUAGUAGGUAGCCGAUAAGACUUUGUGCAAAUCAAGAAAAACGUUAUACACGAUGUGCAACAUACAUACAUAUACUUUAGUAAGGAUAAAAUAACUAUUACUAACACAGAACAGAAUAAGAAUUAGAAAAAAAAACCGAAAUAUGGACGCAAAUUUGUUCGGUUGGGUUUUUUUAAAGAAAGAAACGUGAAAGUUUUACUCAGAUCAACAAACGAUCUAUGCGUUAAAUUUGAUUUUAAAGUUGAACUCUGACUUUGGCAUACUUUUCUGAACCCAAUAUGUCAAUUUCAAUUUUGAAUUUUGAGUUUGAACUUGAGUCUUGUAAACUAAACUACUAUGAAUUUUGUACUUCAUUUUCUAAUAUAAAGUCAACACCUGAAUCAAACAGCCAAAACAUUUUUUUCAGAUUUUUCUCUGAUCUGUUAGUUGUGUUUAAUCGAUAAAAUCUUCAAUUACAGAGUGUAACGUGAUGAAAUGGAAAAUAUUAAAUAAAAAAAUCUCGAAAAAAUAUCUCCUCACGUUCCAUUCGAAGCCAGCUAGUUUCCUAAUUUAAAUAUUGCAACAUCAACCGUAACCUACCGCAACUGGUAGAUCAGAAUGAUACUCAAUUUGUGACAUUAGGUCAGGCUUCCACUUUGAACUAAAGGCAUUGUUUAUGUAAAUCGAUGUGUGUAAAGAGAUCAUUUUUCGCGAAUUCUAGGGAGCUUCUGCUUUCAUUCCGACAUCCAGACUAAUAGAACAGUGCCUUAAGAAUUUGAAGUAACAAAAUAUAUGAAAAAAAAAACUAACGUUUGGAAGUGCCAGCUUGUAGAUGCUUUUUACCUCAAAAAUAUCGUUUUCGAUUCUACAUGUAAAGCACGCCACCGCAAUUGACUAAAAUCUUAAAGAAGAGCACAUCAGCGAAAGGUUUAGGCGUAUAAAAGUUUUCGUGCACAGUUAUCACAUUUUUCGAGAACAUUAAACCCGUGUCCGUACUAUUGAGACUACUCCCUUAAUGUAAUAGAGAAUAAAAUCUGCACCUUUUUCACCGCGAAGCACUUCUAUUUAAUGUGUUCGAUCGAAAGCAACACUCCUUAAUGCUAAAGGUAAAAAUAACGAGCCCCAAAUUGCAUGAUUGGAAAAAAUUGAAAUUAAAAAAAGAAACACACACCAACUCAUACUUACAUACACACACACACACAAGCACACCGCAUGAAUGUCUAGGAAGAUAUUUUUUUUUAUAAUAAUUAAUAUUAUUAUUAAAACUAUUGAAACGAGUAGGGAAAUAAUACACAUGUAUGGAGCAGAAGUAGGAGUCUAUCGUAAUGAAGAAAUAAACAACAGAAAAAAAAACCCGAACAAGGUGGUUAAAAAUGGA